GUGCAGCCAGGGGACGCGGAGCUGUGCUGCGUUUGUAUAGAUACAGUACACACCAGAUGUACCCACCCGCAUGUACAGACGCUAACCGACGGACGGACGGAACGUAUAACUACAUAUACAAACGCAGCUUUGCGUCGCUUCCAAUGAAAUGUUACUUGACUCAACACGAAGGCGAAUUGCGACAGUGGUGGUGUUUGAAGCAGCGACAUUGAAAUGGAGGGCGGCGCCGGCGUGGGCAGCGUGGCGUCCCUCACCAUGGACUGCGAGGACAUGUUCAAGGAGAUCACCAAGAAGCUGUACGGCGAGGAGGCGACCGUGGGCGUGGGCGUCGGCGUGGGCGUGGGCGUGGGCGGCGUGGUGGGCGUCGAGUUCCCCGCCGCCGAGCGCGACCUGGAGGACGAGCUGCGCCCCGAGGAGCACAUCACCGCCUGGGGGCUCGCAGCACUCAUGCAGAAAGGAUUCCCACCGCCCGGCAUACUGCAGGCGAACUUCAGUCCGCGCAUCGACACGAGCGCGGAGGACCGGUGGACGGCGGCGGAGGAGCCGCUGGCGUGGGCUCACUCGCGCAUCGCGGCCUACAACCCCGCGCAGCGGCUGUUCAAGUGCGCCGACUGCGAGUGCGUGGGCUUCCUGGCGCGCGUCGCCGAGCACUGGCUCGGUACACACUCGCAGGCGCGCGCGUUCCAGUGCCCGGUGGGCGGGUGCGGGUUCGCGUCCGGGUGGGCGCGCGGCGUGCGGCACCACCUCGCGCGCGACCACCACUCCGACCCAGCCGCCGCCGACCACCUGCUGCGCGACAACCCCGCGCUCGACGACCUCACGCGCUACCUGCAGCGCCUCAAGAACAAGGUAGAGGCGAGCCGAAACGACCGGCGGGCCGGAGGCAACGGGAGCAGCGAGACCGCGCAAGCCACGGAGGUGGGCGCGGGGGCGGGCGCGGGCGCGGGGGCGGCGGGCGGCGUGGCCGGGGAGGCCGGCAAACGGUACGCGUGCGGCUCGUGUCCGUACGCCACCGACCGGCGGGACCUGUUCACGCGCCACGAGAACAUCCACCGCGACGAGAAGCCCUUCCACUGCUACCUCUGCCAGAAGCAGUUCAACCGGGCGGACCACGUCAAGAAACACUUCCUGCGCAUGCACAGAGACCAGCCGUACGAUCUGAACCGGAUCAGACGCGCCCCCGCCAAGCCGCAGCAGGCCGCCGCGGCGCCCGCGCUGCACUACUACAGCAAGCCGCCGGCCGAGCCCCCGCCCGCGGCGCCGUCGGCGGCGGUGGGCGCGGUGGGCGCGGUGGGCGCGGCGGCGGGCGCGGCGGCCGGCCCGCAGCUCGAGUACCGCGCCUCGGCCCCCGUCAAGCUGGAGCGCGCGCCGCUGGCCAAGGCCGAGAGCUCGGCGGCGGCGGCCGGCGCGCACAAGGCGGCCGCGGGCCUCGGGCCGGCCUCCGCGGCGCCCGGGGCCGCCGCCGGCGUCCGGCGCAAGGGCGAGCGGCGGUAUGCGUGCUGCUACUGCGCGUGGUCGGGCGUGGACAACUGGUGCCUGAAGCGGCAUCUGAACACGCACCUGAAGCCGUUCGCGUGCGCGCUCUGCGAAUACAAGGCUGCGCGCGCGGAGCGGCUCGCCACCCACGUGCACAAGGUGCACAACAAGAAGGCUUGCGCCAAGUGCCCCUACCUCGCCGACGACCAGCACCAGCUCGCCCACCACCUGCGGGACGCACACCACAUCGAAAGCCGCAACCUGAAGGUGCCGUCGGGCGUGGGGCGCGCGGCAGGCGGGGGGUUCGCGGCGGCGGGCGCUGCGGCGGGGGGCGGGGGCGCGGGCGGCGGCGGGGGCGGGGGCGGGGGCGCGGGCGCGGCGGCGGGGGGCGGCGCGGGGGGCGAGGGCGGCGCGGGCGGGCGGCGGCGCGAGCAGCGCGCGGCGGGCGCGGAGCGUCUGUUCGGGUACCUGGAGGCGUCGGACGGGUCGGGCGACGAGUACGAGCCGGCGGCGCUGGGCGGCGAGUUCGCGCCGCCCGCCCCCGCGCCGCCCGCCGCGCCCGCACACUACGCGCGCGACAAGGAGAACGCCGCGCCGCUCCACCUCGCCGUCCACCACGACCACUGCCUGCGCUACUAGGGCACCACCACCGGCCACCACACGCCGAGCGCGGACCUCCCCGGGGUGGAACCCGGGAUGGAUACGUUCAACUGAGUCGGUCGUAGUAUUCGAUAUCUCGAGUACUUGUACCAAUAGGUCAAACAAUAUUUUCAU